AUGAGUGCAAUAAAAUUAUCAUUGGAUACGUUCUCAUUAGACAGGAAAACUGAUGUUGAGCCAUUAGAUCCUGUGAUGGAAAUAAAUGAAAGCAUAGUUACACAAAUUUUUGAUAAACCUCGUGAAGAAGGCGAAUUUCAAGAAUUUUCUCCUCGAAUAUUUGGUUUAAAAGAUAUAAAAGAACCACUUACUAAGGAAUCGUUGAAUAAUGCAAUUUAUGAACUUGGUAUCGUAAAUUUGUGUUGGCCUGAAAUAGAAGAACCAGUUUUUGAAACCAGGACAUGUUUUCCUAAAAGUUAUUACACAAAUACCGAUAAAGAACGGCUUUUACUAGCUUACGCUGAAAAUUUUAGACGGCAGUUUCAAUUCCAUUACAAAUUUCGGAGACCCUUGUUACUGCAAGCUCCAAACGAAUGCGGCAUGCAGGUGACAAUAAUAGAUUCAUAUUAUAUUAUAAAUUCAUAUAUGCCCAUUUAG